AUGCCUCGUUUCCCCACGGGUACAGGCGUCAAUGCCAAUGCAGACCGGCCCCAAAUGGAGCUCACCCCCGCGACAAGAGCGCAGUCCCCAUCGGCGGGAACCCGAGUCAAAAACCGUCGCAAGCGCUACCUGGACAUGCACCCGGAGUAUUUCUCUGCUGAUCUCGAGCUAGCCGACCCGUUACUGUAUGAUCGUUUAAUCCGUCGGUUUCAGACCCCAGCCGAAAGGGAGGCGGAAGGACGUGCCAAAGGCUUCUCGGGUGUGCUGCAAGCGGACCUGUGUAGAUCUGAGGCCAAAUUCGAGGCGCUUUCCCACCCCGAUCCUCACGCCAUGUUCAGCUAUACCCGAGGCCCCAACGGAGAGAUCCUCGCGGAAGACCGAGACGAGAUUCCUCCCAAUAAAGAAGAAGGCGAGAAGUCGUGGCGGUGGGAGAUGACCUUGCGGUUUUUGCGGGGUGAGGACGACGAUUUUGAUUAUACCACGGUCGACAACAAUGAUGAAUACGAUGAUUGGACCGUCGAGCAAGACAAAUACUUUGACGAUGAAGAGCCGGAGUGGCUUGUUGAUGGAGCAGACGAGGGGGAUAUCAAGUCUCACCUACAAGGCGAGACGGGAGUACAGGACUUUUGAGCCGCCAGGCCAGGAUACUUCGGUUUGCUCAUGCGUGCCAGACGGCUCGAGCAUUUAGGGACCUUGGUUGUCUAUGCCAUAUGCCAUCAUUUGUCUGGAGAAUGCAUACU